AUGAAUAAUUUUCGUUUAGAUGAUGCUGUUAAAGAUUUAAAAAAUAUAGUCGAAAACAAUCGAUGUGUCAAUUGUGAUCAAUUGAAUGUGUUGAGCGUGAGAUAUCCCUGUGGUCACACGACGUGUAGUAAUUGCGUUGCAACUGCUGAGGAUUGUUUACUUUGUCUUACGCCACCCGAAGUUUCCACUCACUACAUAGAUGAACCUUCAAGUCUACGUGUCAAACAUGCAUCUGAACUUUUGACGGCCUUUCAAGAAUUGUUUGAAGUCGAUGUUUACAAAAGAUGCAGACUCUCUGAAAAACUUAAACUAGAAAAGGAAUUAUUCCCAGAAUGUAUUCAAGUUUCCAGUAAAUACACAAAUAAAAGAAAAAGUUUUGAAAACAAAGAAUCUAGAAAACGAAACAGAAAGCUUGCAAGUUUUCCUGGAGAAAACAUUUCAUUCAGAAAAUCAUACACAAUGGAAAAUAUCGAAAACAAUGUUGAACAGUGGUUAAAUAAAAAUGAAACAUUUCAAAAGAAUGUUAACAGUGUACCUCGUAAACCAUUUACAAAUUUAAAUAUUAAUGUUCAAACACAUAAAGAUAAGAAUAAAUUGGUUAAUCAAACUAGUAAUAAGAGUUUAAGUAGGAAAAGAAGCCAUUUACACACACUGAAAGAUACCUCAAAUGUGUCCAAAGUUCCAUAUAAGAAAUUUAAGGUACAGUCUGAGAACAAAGGUGAACAUAAUUUUGACAAUAAUUUGACUGAGAACAAUGAAAGUGGUAUAUUUUUUGAAGAUGCCAUAAUUAUAGAUGAUAGUCAAAGUGAUGUUUUAGAUAAAGAUCGUCUUGCUUUAAUGGCUGUUCUGGAGGCUGAUAAAAAUGAUCUGUCUACAGAUUGCGGCAUCGAUAUAUCUAUGAAUGAAAGUAUAAAGAAAAAUUGCAUCAAUCCACAAAAUAAUAGCCAAGAUGUGAUAAAAACUUAUAAAGUUCCGUUUGUUAAGAAAAGCGCUAUACUUGAAAUUUGUAAGUUAUGUAGAGAAGCCAAUGAUCAAGACAGUUCUCAGACUCCAAAAAAUGUUACUGUUACUAUUGAUAAUGAUAGUUUUAUAACAACUAUAAAAGUGGUAGAUUGUUCGGACAGCGUCAAAAAUUCAACAAAAUUAGCCGCUGUUCAAACUGAUGACGAAAAAACCAAAGUUGAUAAGGAAAUAAUUGAAUCGAACCCUUCCAAUAACUCACCGAACACUAGUUCUCGUGAGGUGAAAUUAAAACCACAAGAAACGAUGUAUGAUGUAGAUCCAAUACAAGAUAAGGCAGUUGAUAAUAAGAGCAAAUGUUUAAUUAUAGAGGAAUCUGAUUCCGACAGUGAUUUAUCCAAUGUAGAAGGCAGUUCCUUUGAAGUGACUGCAGAAUGUCAUAAUACAGAAAAAAAUAUACACUAUGAUGUUUUGGGUGAACUAAAUGAUUAUGAAAACAGAGGACGCCAUGCUUUAAGAGAACAUUCACCACACAGUUCCGACUCAUCAGACAAAGAAAAUUACGAUCCAAACAAAAUGAAAAGACAUGACGCUAAAAAGAAGUGUUGUUAUAAAAAUAAAUACUAA